CAUAGUAAAAUUAACGAAAACGCGUGCAAAGCACACAACACAACUUGAAGUAACGGUUAAAAGCCGGAUGGCACAGUGUGMGAAAAAAAUGUGCUUUGCAUGCAUGCAGUAGAACGGCAAAAACUGAAUGCGCGUGUAAAAUUAAAAUUAAAUUCAAAAAAAUUUAUGUGAGUGACGCGUGCAACAAACUAAACAUAAGCUGCUACUACUACAAUUUCGGGAGGGUGCAACCCGAGAUUUUCAUCAUUGACAGGGAAUAAUGAAUCGAUGAUUAUUUGAGUCAGCUGAAACGGCCGCCGCAUCUGCUUGCUGUCUGCGUAGUGAGGUGCCGAGUGGUGCCAAAUCCUUAUUACCAACAACAACAACAAUAGCAACAACUAUAAAAGCUAAGCAUACCAUUUUGGCCAGCAAACAUGUUUGCCUGAGGCACGCCAGACAACAUUUUUGGGCAGCCGCAUCAUCGAGUCGAACAUUGCUCAAAUAGAGGACACUCGCUGCGCAGCACAAACCAUUGAGCGUAUGCCCAGAGAGCGGCCACAGUGGGAGAGUAAAAGAGCGAGAGCAUACGUCAGCGAACGGAGAGCAAGUGGUGAGGCAAGCCGUUUGGAGCUUGGAGCUGUUUGCUGUUUUGUUGCGUUGGCCGGCACAACACGAGGCCAAGGGGCGGAGAGGUGCGAGCAUACGGAAGUGGCGACAUCUGUUUUGCCGCUUUGUCAGCUUAUCCGGCAGCCGAUGGUGUAGCCGACGACAGGCGACCACAGCAGCAACAACGACGACGCCGACGCCGAGAAGGAGCGCACACGACGACAGGACUAACGGCAACGUGAAAUACAAGUGUGGAAAUUGGAAUUUUUAUUCAAAACAAUGCCCCUGCUGCAACAGUACGAGACGCCUGAUUGCAACGCUGCCGGCGGCAAUAUGCGUGCCUUGAGCGGCGCCAGUGCCAGUGAUUUACUGCAGAAGCAUUCGAUUAGCUCAAUACUGGAGCAGCAUCAGCAACACCAACAGCAGCAGCAGCAGCAGCAGCAGCAAGAUCUAUUGGCCAGGCGCGCCGAUGCCAGCGACGGGUUUAUAUCAUUCAUAAAUGAUCCAAUCACACUGAACGAUCUGCUUGGUUUGUGUGGCGGCAGCGGCCCUGCAAUCGCAGCCCAGGCAACAACAGCACCAGCCCCAACAAAAGUAGCAACAACGGCAGCAGGCAUUGCAAGCGGCGCCGGAGGUAACGGCAGCAGCAGCAGCAGCGGCGUUAAUAACUUGCUACUUGGCAAUUCGGCGACUGCUGCAGCUGCCGCUGUCGCUGCCACUGGCGAUUGCGGUCAAUUGUCGGCGACUGCCGUGUCCUAUGCACCGCUGACACCUAGCUCAACUCAGUCCUCGGCCUCGCCAGGCACCAAGUCAAGUUUUGAUUACUUUCAGUUUGAAAAUGUUGCACAAAGUAACCCACUUAAGGCUUUCCAAAGAUCAAACAUCAGCUUCGAUUGCUCUGCACCCUUAUCGCCAAGUACGCCUUCAUCUAUUUACAAUCGCUCCUUUCACAGUUCACCUUUAGUCAGUGAUAGCAGCAACUCCUCCAGCGCCAACGGCUUAUCGCUAGAUUCCAUUAAUAUGCUUUAUCAGCAGCAGAGCAGCUAUAGCAACUUGAGCGGCAGCAAUAGCGGAAAUCUCGGACUGAACAUCCAGAAUGCAUCGACGCGCUCCAAUUCGCCGGAGAGUCAGAACAGCAAUCAGUCCUUUAACGAGCCGAAUUUGUUGGACAUGAUUAAUCUGCUCUCUGUCAAUAGCAACAAGCUCCACCAACAGCAGCAGCAGCAACAGCAACAGCAACAGCAACAGCAACAGCAGCAGCAACAGCAGCAGCAGCAAAAGCAGCUGCAACAACAACAACAGCAACAGCAGCAGUUUAACAACCUAAACCGCAACUAUGAGUCGCAGCUGUUAGGUGGAUCGCAACAAAAUUUCGAUUUGAGCAACGAUUGCCUGAAUCAGUGUAGUCUAGAGAACUUUUCAAUAAUGGACAUGGAGCUGGCCAAGUUGCAGAAUUUGCAGCGGAUCAAUACGCUCAAGUUGCUGCAGGCGCAAACGCAACAAAUGCCUUUGCUGAAUCAACUGUUACAAAGCUAUGCGAGCAAUUUGCCAACUGCCGGCAGCUCAAACAGUCUGAACAACUCUUCAGCACCCAGUUUGGGCAAUCUGGUUGGCGGUACAGGCAGCUCUGUGGGUUUGACACCAAGUGUCAUUAGCAAUGCCAAUGAUUGGCAUCUGGAUCGCGUCGCCAAGUUCUAUAAGAACUCGGCCGCAAUAUGUGAAGCAACAUGUACUUGGAGUGGCCAACUGCCGCCACGAUCCCAUCGCAUGUCGAACUACUCACCCAAAGUAUUCUUAGGCGGUAUACCUUGGGAUAUCAGUGAACAAUCGUUAAUACAAAUCUUUAAACCCUUUGGUUCUAUAAAAGUUGAGUGGCCCGGCAAAGAACAGCAGGCGGCACAACCUAAGGGAUAUGUCUACAUUAUAUUCGAGUCUGAUAAGCAGGUGAAGGCUUUGCUUUCCGCCUGCGUCUUGCAAGUUGAUGAUUCGCACUGUGGCAGCAAUUAUUUCUUCAAGAUUUCCUCACGGCGUAUCAAGUCGAAAGAUGUGGAGGUCAUCCCUUGGAUUAUAGCUGAUUCCAACUAUGUGCGUUCAAGUUCUCAAAAGCUGGAUCCCACUAAAACUGUUUUCGUGGGCGCCUUACACGGUAAACUAACUGCCGAGGGAUUGGCCACAAUCAUGGAGGAUCUGUUUGAUGGCGUACUCUAUGCUGGUAUUGAUACAGAUAAAUACAAAUACCCAAUUGGCUCUGGGCGUGUGACUUUCAGCAACUUUCGUUCGUAUAUGAAGGCUGUGUCGGCAGCCUUCAUUGAAAUUCGUACCACGAAAUUUACGAAGAAAGUUCAGGUAGAUCCGUAUCUGGAAGAUGCGCUAUGUUCAAUUUGCGGUGUACAACACGGGCCGUACUAUUGUCGGGAACUUUCCUGUUUUCGUUACUUUUGCCGCAGCUGUUGGCAAUGGCAGCACAGCUGUGAAAUUAUCAAAAAUCACAAGCCUUUGACAAGAAAUUCAAAGUCGCAAACCCUGGUUGGCAUUGGACCGUCAGCGUCAUCAUCUGCAAUUUCAUUAGCGUCGUCAAGCAAUCGAUUGAGUAUGGAACAGAAGCUGCAGCAAUUGGGUCAUCAUAGUAACCAACAGCAGCAGCAACAACAGCAGCACUCGCAGCAGCAGCAGCAGCAGUCGCAACAGCAACAGCAGCAGCAGCAGUCGCAACAGAAACGUAUUCAGCUACAGCAACAUGCUAAUCAGCAGACGAACAACUUGAAUCUCUUGUCAACUGCAGGCAGCAACAAUUCUGCAGCCAAUUCAUUGUACAAAUAUCAGCAACAGCAACACCAACACCAGUCGACGAUUUAAGUGUGUGUCUCCCCUAUACUUUGUGCGCACUUUUAGCGUGCCGUUUUAAAUAGUUCCAUAUAUAUGUUCAUAAUGGGAUGUAAUUUUGAAUUUUAAGUGAUACCAAAAUUUAUGCACUUUUAGGCAACAGGAAGCUAACCUUUCCGAAUGGACAGAUUUGGACGAAAAUUUUUUGUGUUGCACACCCAAUCACAAUGAAUCUUGUAAAGUUACUCAUUUAUUUGAUGUAUUUACUUAAACGGUACGAUAUUAAGUAUAUGUACAUAUACAUUCUUUUUCUUUUAGGCUA